AUGUUGAUCCAUAAUCCCUCAUUGGCCGACGAGAUCUACGCCCUCAACGCCAUCUACGGCGAGGGUUCCAUGAGCGCCACCUUUUCCGACGCCAACCACACCACAGUGUCCGUCAAACUCCCUGGCUUCAACUAUUCAUUCCUGCUCCGCGUCUUCGAUGACUAUCCCCAAUCAUCCCCGCAGGUCCUGGGAGUUGAUAGCCUUGCGGAGAGCAGGAAGCAAGAAGUCCAACAGAAUGCCGUCUACUUGGGCGCUUGCGUCCCCGCCGUGCAUUACCCUGGAACUGUCUGUCUGUACGACGCCAUCGAGGAGUUUAACACGGUGCACAAAGCCCUGCAAGCACAUAUCCAACAGCCGGGAGAUACAGAGGAGGACUCUCAACGGAAGUCUGCUCAGAGAGCUGCUAUUCUAAGGCGCUUGGCUGUUCGAGCCAAGGUAAAGGCAGGUACAGGACGGCAGGAAAGUGUCACUGCGGACCCGUCUUUUGAUGUAGUCGACUGUGCUGUUUGCAUGGACCCGUUCUUCAGGGUUGACCUCAACAUGUUCAAGACGAGACAAGAGUUGAAAUGCUGUGGCCAGAGCGUACCACUCAAGACGCUCCGCGAAGUCGGCGGCCUGGAUGCGGAGUUGCUCGAUGCGUUGGGUCUCUGGCUUCAAGAACUCCACACUGCGAACCCAAUAUACUGUCCAUGGGAAGACUGCCUUGCGUAUAUUCCAGGGGCUUCAGGCAUGGGAGACUACGCUAAAUGCCACGUCUGUAAGAAGAGGAUGUGUAUGGCCAGUAGGGGAAAGGAACACGGUGGGAUAUGCAAGCGCGACAAGAAGCUGCAAGCGCUCGUUCGGAAAGAGAAAUGGAAAUUCUGUCCCUGGUGCGGCCAUCUUGUGGAGAAAAGGGCAGGAUGCAACCACAUGACAUGCAUUUGCGCCACCGAGUUCUGCUACCGUUGUGGGAAGGUCUGGGCAGGAGGCCAACCGGACUGCGAUUGUGGCCUCUUCCAACGACUGGAUUGA